AAAUGAGGAACAAAAGAGACGCUGCUUUUAUAGGGUCGGUUAUUGGACCCAUAUUGCCAAUUAUUAUUUAUUUUAAUAGGCCUUUGGGAAUUAAGAUUACAAUCGUUAUCCAAGCCUUAGGGGUAGUCUCUACAAUUUCUGGCGAAUAUAGAGAUAGUGACAGGCUAAGAAACCUUGCGUUGAUUUUGAACAUCGUAGGAAGCAUUGGUGAAUUAUUUGGCAGAACGAAACUAAAUUAUUCAAAAAAAAAAUCGUGGUACGGCCUCGGCUUUUGA